GCUGAUUGCAGACAGUGACGAAAAAGAAAAUUCGCAUCAAUUGGGAGGUUACUGAAAAGUAUGUGAGAAAAGGAUCAAAUAAUAAUCGUGUUGCUAUCUGGAUGAUAUUUGGCUUAACGGCUUCAAUAUUAACGAGAAAACACGAGCAACUUACGAGUACUGUAUCUUUAAAUGACAGAUGUUUAUUGUAAGAGAUGUCACAAAUUGAUAUCCAGUGUUUAUUUAACAAAAACAGGUUUCCUAGCGGUUGGCGCUUUCUACCUGUUGUCUUAUAUUCACCAUUAGGAUUUAUAUUAGUGUCACUACGAUUGUUAGUGGUGUUGCUGCUUUGGCUUCUUGCAUCAUUACUACCCGAUUGCAAUUUUCUGCGAACAUUUUUAAGUUAUGGCAUCAGAAUUGCUUUUGGCAUCAUAGUUAAAAUUGAUGCUGAAAGCGAACCCAGAGACAAACAGUCGAGGAUAAUCAUUGCCAAUAAUGUAUCUGUUUUGGAUCACUUUGCACUCCGUUGCGCGACAGAAACAUUGAUUCCCAGUGUUUGGGAACUACCUACUGCCUUGAGUAAUGUAUUGGGAUUACAAAAGAUGAAUAUGACCAAUAAGGAGACAUUAAUUGCCAAUAUAAAGCAAUUUCUUUCCACCUCCAUGUAUAGCAUAGCUAUACAGCCUGAAUUUGGUACGACUAACAGUCAAGUUGCUUUAUUGAAAUUCAAUUCCUGGCCAUUCAGUAUAGAGACAUCUGUCCAGCCAGUGGCCAUUAAAGCAUUAAGAUCAGAAGUUGUACCUGUGCAUGUUACCUCAUUGGCUUCAACAUGGUGGACAGAAGUAUUUUGGUUUAUGUUUGUACCCUAUACCAUUUUCAUUCUCAAGUACCUGAAAAUCAGACGAAAUCCAGACCAUGAGAUACUUGUGCGAGAAGUAGAGAAAGAUAUCGCGGAUACUCUAGGACUACAGACGUGUUCUCAUACUGUAUCAGAUAAAACAGAAUACGAGAAGCGCUAUCGCACGAGAAUUCUCAGUAACGCACGUCCUAACAGAAAUACGCCAAACUCACAAGUUAUACAUAGCAUAGAGAUACAAAGAAUGGUUCACCAAGUUAGAGAUGUACUUCCAUUAGUCCCACAUAAUGUGAUUCUACGAGAUCUCAUGAAAACUCGAAAUGUCGAUGUUACAAUCGCCAAUAUUCUCGAUGGCAUAGUUACUUAUACUCCGGAGCCCAAUCCGCCAGCUCAAUCGUCCGUAAUAUUGUCUAGUGGUUCACAAAAUUCAGCAAAGGAGAGAAUGUUCGUUAUUACCUCUUUCCAGGAAAAGAAAACUAAAAUGAUACAAGAAGCCAGAGAAAGGUAUAUUAAAAAACAUGGACUGACAAAUUGCUGACAUUCUUACUGCUGUUUUAUUCUGGUUAUAACGCUGUCAUUAAUAACAUCUAUGUAACAUGUUUUACUGUUCAUGUAUUAUAUUUACUAUUACAUCAUGUGAAUACAUCUUUAUUUCUAAAAUA